AUGAAGAGGAAAAGAGAGAUGGAAGCUAUGUCAUCGGAGAAAAAGUCAGAGAUAAGAUCUGCUAUUGAAGAGCUUUCCAUGUUAGCUAAUCUUAGAGCAAGUCAUGAUGAUCACAAUCAUGAUAAUAUUGAGCCAAAAAUCCCCUUUCAGCCUUUUGUUUCAGUCUGCAAUCUUCUUCUUCUAGUCCUUGAUAAAAUUGGCCCAACAAUGGCUGUUCUGAGACAAGAUAUUCAUCAGAAUAUUCAGAGAUUAGAAGUGGCUCAUGAGGCUGAUUCUUCAACUUAUUCUAAUUUGGUUGAGAUUUUGAAGAAAGAAGCUGCUCAAGGAAAUGCAAAGAAAGUUAACAGCUGUAGUAGAGCCUUGCUUUGGCUUACUAGAUCAUUGGAUUUUACUGUGGAAUUAUUACAAAACUACUCAGCAUCAGGUUCGGAUGAUGAGAAUAUGAAUCAAAUAGUGGAAGAUGCUUACAAUAUUACCUUGAAGCCAUGGCAUGGUUGGAUUUCCUCAACUGCCGUUAAAGUAGCACUAAAACUAGUGCCUGGUCACAAAACCUUCUUAAACGCACUCAUGGAAAAAGAUGAUGAAAACCCAGACUCCCUUAGAGAGGAAUUACAGACUUUCGUUUCUCUACUCAAGCCUCUUUUGGAAGAUAUUCAUUCUAGCCUGAGAGCGCAUGGGGUGGAUCGGCUAAAGUCUACCUAG